UGUUAUCUGUGGUUCUUGUCUAAUGGAGCAUUUGCGCGAUCGUUCAUAAUUUUAUUUACCAUCAAUAUUGUAACACAUACAAAUAAAAAGAAUAUAAUUUUUAUAUAGUUAUUUGUCCACAUCAAUGGUGAAAAUUUUGAGAUAUGUGUAAUUUAAAUAAAUAAAUUUAUUUUGAUAUAGCCUUUAUGAUCUCAUGACAAAAGGCCUUGCAGUACACAUAGAUUUACAAAUGUGUUGUUUUGAUAGAUAAUGGAUCCAAGAAUGUGUAGAAAAAUCAGCAGUAGUGAAAGUCUUCCAGAUGCGGACAAUGUGGAAUAUGAGGUAUCAACGAUCAUUGCACCGCAAGAGAGCGACGAUAAUUUCAUGCUGGACGGUAGUCCCGAGCCUCACUCCGUGACAUGGCUAGACAACGAUCAAAUAGAUGAUUUAGAUCUUAAUUUAGACCAAACCAAUCUCUGUUUUCAUAGAGUCGAUAGCGCAGAUAUUAUAUAUAGAAAUAAGAAAAAGAAAUGUAAAAUGGUAGGAAAAUAUGUGAUGGGAGAUGUGCUGGGAGAAGGCUCGUACGGUAAAGUUAAGGAGAUGCUGGACUCGGAGACGCUCUGCAGACGAGCUGUAAAAAUAUUGAAAAAGAGAAAACUGAGAAGAAUACCAAAUGGGGAACAGAAUGUACAGAGAGAAAUACAACUGCUGCGGAUCCUUAGACACAAAAAUGUGAUAGAACUAGUCGAUGUUAUGUAUAAUGAUGAGAAACAGAAGAUGUACCUUGUGAUGGAGUUCUGUGUGGGAGUGCUGCAGGAUAUGUUGGAAGGAAGCCCUGGCAAGAAAUUCCCUCAGCGGCAAGCACAUGAUUACUUCACUCAACUUUUGGAUGGAUUGGAGUACUUGCAUGGCCAGGGUGUUGUCCACAAAGAUAUCAAGCCAGGAAACUUAUUACUGACUCUUGAUCAGACAUUGAAGAUAACAGAUUUUGGUGUUGCUGAGGCUUUAGACAUGUUUUCUCCGGAAGACACAUGUUACACUGGGCAGGGUUCCCCAGCCUUCCAGCCGCCUGAAAUAGCAAAUGGUGCUGAAACAUUUUCUGGUGUCAAAGUAGAUAUCUGGAGCAGCGGAGUUACAUUAUACAAUAUGACAACGGGUCGGUACCCGUUUGAAGGCGACAAUGUGUACCGACUGCUGGAGUCCAUCGGUCGAGGCGAGCCGGCCCCGCCUCCACCAUCACUAGGACCUACGCUCGGAGCCUUACUUACCAACAUGCUGAAGAGAGAUCCAGACCUUAGGCCAACUGUGCACGAGAUUAAAAGGCACUCUUGGGUACAAGCUCGUCCUCCACUAGAGGCAGGCGAGAGGAUGGUGACUCCUAGAUCUCGUCGGUCGGACGAGCUUCAUACUUCCACUGUCAUCCCGUACCUCGUAGAACGUCACUACCCUUCGGCGCAGGAAUACUUCACCGAGAGAGACUACAGACACGAGCCUGAAGAAGUGCGCGUAGCCGGUCACGUGCGCGCACGCAUUUGUUCCUUGAGUUAGAGCUGGGUGACGGCGGGUCGCGCACGCUGUCGACGGCGGAGCUGUCGGACGCGGAGUCGCGCGGCCGCAAGCGGCGCUGGCACUCGUCGUGCGGCCGGCUGCCGUCGUGCCGCCUGACGUGAUGCUGCGCCUGCGCCCCGCGCCCGCUGACGCCGUGCCGUCUCACCUGACGCGGCGUCACUCCCGACGUCGCGGCGUCGCAUCCUCACUAACAUCGAAUGCGUUCAUUACUCCUAUACAUGUUCCAACUUAUUCCCGGUUACUUGUUUCUCCACUUAGUCGUUAAUGUUAACACAGAUUUUACCUCCACCAUUGGUGUCGGAUAGUUAUGCCUGAGACUUCCCAUCUCACCCGUUUUGUUGCUAAAUUAAUAGUAGCUGGAUUUUGGUUACAUUUUCUGUAUCAUUUGCUUUGAACAAAAUCUUACGGCUGCGGUAUACUUAAUAUUACUAUUUAUUUGUUUGUGUAUGGCUGUUACACGUAGGUUUCUCUGUAUUCCUCUAAAUAGUACUGUGUUUAAUACGCCCAUGAAAAUAUGUGAUUGAAUGCAUACAUUGAGAGACCAAUAAAUUAUAGUAAAUUUUCUGAUAUGACAUUCAGUCACAUAUUUGUGUUAAAACCAAUAUUACCAUAGGCAUUGUAUGCAUAUUCAAUUAGAUAUCAGGGAGUUCAUACAAUGGCAAAAUAUAUAAAAUAGUACCUGUUUUAAUUGUGUAUCAAGAUGUAUGGUGUAAAGUGAACAUGUAUUUAGUGUAAUUAGUAGAUCUCAAAUUGUAUCGUGGCAAUAAAAAGAUAAAUAUUUUUAUAAAAAAUAUCGCUAUAAAACCAAAUUAAAAAUAGAGUUCUUGCCAAGAGGGAAGCACCGAUUAUAUUUUAUCAAUUUUAAGUUACUUGAUGUUCAUUUUUAAUGUCGAUCUGCUGUAGUGUUGAUGUCACCUGGACCGAAACCCACGCUUCCUCACAUUUCUGAUUGUGAGUAGUUACUGUUAGCACGGAUAUGUCGAUUGCAAGGUUUCGGGUAUGAUCGAUGUUCUUAUUUUAGUUGUUAGAUGUAAAGUACAAGUUAUAAUGGCGAUUACAUUAAAUUGUUGUGUAAUGUCGUUAAAUGUCAUCGAUUGGAAUUUAUAAAAGAAUGUUAAAGGUAUGCGAACAAAUUAUUGCAUGUUUUUGAUUAUUCUUAAAGGACAUGGCUUGUACACACUUCAGCAUACUGUGUACCUACCCAUUUCCUAAUAAUCUCUUUUCCAUCUCAACACCUCUGACGGACCUCACUUUUUUAACUUAUUUAUACUGAAAUAUAAAAUUACGUUAGUAUUUAGGUAUAAUUAGGUAAUCUACGCAUGAUUUGCGUAUUAUCUAUUAUUUUGGAUUGUUGUUGCUAUAUUAUCUGUGUUAGGGCUGGCGUUAAUUAAAAUUAAUAUGUCGGACCUAUAAAUACGUUUCUUCUAUUCUGCGCUAAAUUGUUCGUUAUUAAGUUGUGCAAUAACUGUUAUAACUUGAUGAAAUGCUGUUCUAGUGAGUAGUUUAGGUUAAAAGCUUACUUAAGCCAUAUUGUAAUGAGAUUAUUGCGCAGGUGAUCUCUCCACGCCAAAGGCGGUUUUUGCUAAAAGUAUUUAAUUUAGUUGUAAUAGUUUGUGGCCACUUAUGUUGCACUUGUAUUCGAAAAGUGAGGUCUUACAUAUAACUGUUUAAAUAAACGUGUGUUUACGCUUAAAUAAAAUGAAAGGAUGUAUGUUUAGUGCCUGAAAUGAAAAAUAACGUAAAAACUGAAAAAAAUUAAAGAGAAUAUUAAUAUAUUGUAAAUAAUAAAAGUCAAAGUAAUGUGCA